AUGUGGGCCGUGUCGGGAUCCCCAUCCAGGAGGACAGCAAUGACCAGCGCAGCUGAGUUUGCUGGUAAUGGUAUUCACACUUCGCUGCCAAGUCAUUGCUUGAUCCCCUCUGGCUCUCUUCCACCCUUCACGUGGUUGUGCGAAAAGAGCCCUUCGAGGAAUUCGGUCGACUGGCAUACGCAGCACGUGGCCAAGCCAGCGCAACCUGUGCAGUAUGAUCAGUUUAUCUAUCGAGGUCUCUGGAAACAGCCAAGACGUCUUGGGGUCUUCGACAGCUGUUGUCUUAGAACCAUAGGUAGUAUGGGCUGGUACAACGGAACUCGGAACGAAACAGUCAGAAAACGAGUGUUGGGUUAUGCUCAGGACCUGACAGCCACCUGCAAAUUUACAAUAAAGUGGCUUGUUGUCGAAGAUUCCAAGAGGCAUCUCAACUCCUCAUUCUCGUCUCCCUCUCUUUUCUCACUUUUCAACGCGGGCCAUGGGCAUGGCUACCAGCGCCUCUCCGUGGAUGUGAAUAAAACCGUAAGUGGCUGCGGUCAUCAGUUCAUCUUCAUUGUCGCUACUCUGCGCCUACCUGUAUUCCUGUUCAUGUGGCUGAAAGUGUUGGAAAAGUUUGUCCUUUUGAAUCAUCCCAGGGGGAUCAACCAUCGUUUGCCGUGA